CAGGGCACCUCUGACCUCAGGGUUACUGCUAGCAUGAAGCGGUUCAAGUAGACCCCAGCUUCUGAGAAAGGGGAGGUGGGAACAGUCUUGAUCAGACCCAAGAUAAGACCCUCUGCAAUCCCCUUGUUCCUGAGGCUGAGGGAAUGCGCCCAAAAUUUGUUCCCUGGGACUUCUCUUUUUGGAGAGGAAAAAGUGCCACCAUAGAGUUGCUGGAUGGCUCUCAGUCCCCCCACCAGCAUGGCCUGGAUCUGUGGCCUGCAUGCUCCUUAUAUAGCUGGAGAGGCAGGUGAUUACUAGGAGCUCCUUCUCAGCAGUUGUUAGAAGCUCUCUAUGGUUUUUGGUUGUUGUUUGCUUUGUUUUUUACCCAAAUGAUUUCUGUUUUUACAGGGCCACAGAGAUUGCCAUGUUGCUUUUGUUAGGCAUUGUCAUAGUGUCACCGAUUAGAAAGUUCUUUGCUCUCCUGCUGCUAAGUGUUUUGGUUUUUCUUCAGCCACUCGGAGACCAUGUUACAGUUUGUGUGCACAUUCACAACAAUUUGGUCUGAUCAAGCUUUGUCUUAGGAAACUGGGAUGUGCAUCUUAUGGUCUUUGAUGGAAAGGGGGUGGAUCUUCGUGCUUGGAGAGACUGGAGAGGUUGCCUUGGUUCCCUUUUCAACUCCUCUGGUGGGUUGGGAAUAAACUUUACUGAUUCAGUGGUAGCAGUAGCAUGACUGUCAAUAUAGUGUCAGUAUAGCACUUUUUGGUUUCCAGAGCCCAUUUUCUAUACUUUUGUCAUCCUCAUAAUCAUCGUGGGGUCAGGGGGUGGGGAGCACCCCAACAUGUAGCAUAUGGACGUAUUUGCAUUUGCAAUCUCCUGGAAAGAGGAUGGAAUCUAGAGUUUGAUGAAGUAGCACUGAGACUGGUGGGACUGGCAAGACUCAGGCUUCAUGUGUGUCCUGAUGGCAGCAUUCCAGGCUGUACUGCCUCUGAUUCCUUCUAUUCUCCAUGGAGGCUGAUGAUUGGGGAGUUGUGUACCCAGCCCACUAGCAUUUAAGGAAAGCCGGCAGAGCUGGGAGCCACCAUGCCCACUGAAUAAGUCCCUCUUCACUGUCCUGUGGAGGGACUUCUGAGUUGUCCUCAGCAGGUUAUGCCUCAUUGAUACUUGGCACAGCCCAGAGGGAUGGUGAUUUCUCUCUUGGGCAUUGGGCUUGGGAGACGGAUGGGCAUUGUAAAGGAAUGAAAGCCUCUCUGGGUCAGUCUUUGAAGAGGAUGGUAAUGAGUCCAAAGGGCCCCCUCAGGUGCCAUGCUGUUACAGUGCUCCUGCCAAUGCAUAUUUCUGCCAUUAGGCCCGAUGUGGGUACGGUUCAACCCUGCAAUGGAUAAGAAGGGCUCUUUGCACAAGUAGGACAUGUGAGAAAAACAUUAAUUGAGCACUGAUUGUGUGCCAGGCAAUGUGUUGACCACUUUGGUCUCCUCCUGCUUAGAGGAACAGGAUCUAUUUUCCUAUUUUAGGGUGAUGCAACGGAGUCUGGAGAGUCCAGUGUUUUCUCAGUGUCAAUUAAGCUAGUUUGCUGCAAAAGAUUAGAUAAUAGGGGUUGGUCUCCUCCCCUCUCUCCCAAAGAGGGUGUAAAGUAAGGGUAUGAAAAGGUACCAUUCUAAAGAGGUGGUCAGGAAAGUCAGGGCUGACAGACAGGAUUGUGAGGAGUUCAGGCGGGGGCAGUGUUUUUGACCAGAAGAGGUGUAUGAUUGGAACUAGUUUUAAGCGAAUCACAGUUGAGCACAAAGGCAGAGACCAGUGAGGGGCUGGCACAGAGGUCCACAGACGACAUGAUAGUGGCAUAGAACAAUAGGGUAGGCAUGGUAAUAAUGAGUGGCCAAGUUCUGCAUCUUAUUUGAAACUAGAGGUCACAGGAAUCCAGACAGAUUGGAUGAGGGAGGCAAUGUGUGACCCCAGACUGGGGGCAAGAGUAAGGUAGGAAAACAGCUUCAUCACUGCAUCUUCCUCACAACUGUAGGUAAAUGUUAUUAUCCCUAUUUUAUAGAUGAGGGAAGGAAGCUGCUCAGGGGAAGGAAUGAGGCCCUUAAGGUUUGGCAUUGCCUCAUUCACAUUUCUCAUAUAGGAAGACAUGGACCCAGAAUUGAUACUCUGAAGUGUCUUAUUCCAAAGCUCAUUUCAAAGACUUCAAGGCUGGGUAGCUUUCUUGGAAUACCUGUGAUUGUCCUUGAAGACAAACGGAAUUUGUCACCUGCAGGAAGGUCUUGAGUGGUUUGCUUUCAGCUUAUUCAUUAGGUUCCUUAUUAAUUUGGUCAUUCAUUAGAUUGAACAGGAUGAAAAUGAGUGAGUGUUCCCAUGUGCCUGCCUUAUUGGCCAGUGGCAUAUAAAAGCCAGGGAGCUCCAGGCAGAGGGACUGGUCUAUGCAAAGACCUGAGCACUGAGGCCCUCGGUGAUCCCAGAGGAUCCAAGUAUAAGGAGGAAGAAGGAAAAAGAGUGGAAGAAGGAAGAGGACAGGCUAAUGAGGAGGCCUUGGGCCCAUGUAGGAGGUGUGUUCUUCACCUUAAGGGCAACUGGGGAUCAAUAGAAGAAAAGCUUUUAACAGAGGAGAGAUGGAUCAGAUCUAUGCUUUUAUUAGAGGCACUGGAUUCCUUGAGAAGGAUGGGUAAGAAGGAGGAAGGAUGGAAGCAGCAGCUGCAGUGAAAAAGAGAAGGUCUUAGAAGUUCCCAGAAGGCCUGAGAGACUAGGGGAAAAUAUGUAGGAACCUAAAGCAGAUGUGCCCUGUGAAAGGAGAAUGGGCAGACAGACUGCUAGGCAGCUCCCACAUGUGUGGUAUGGAUGCAUAAAGAGGGGCUAGUGUAGAGAAGAGAAGUAGAGAGUAGAGAGUAGAUCCAUUCAUUCUGGGGACAUUGGGACUCUGGGCAUUGCCACUGUGGGUGCAUUGGGGAUUGGAGAGGAGCUCACCACUGUCUUUCCUAGUAUUAAAAGGUAAACUGAAACACUUUGUAAUUUUUAAGGAUUUGAGCAUAUAUGAAUUGGAAUCAGGAAACACCAAAUCUCAGUUAUUAGGAGCACUGACAGGAUCUAGUGUCAAGGUUUAUAUAGAGAAUAUAUGAAAGAAUAUCAAAGAAAUUAUUUGAAUGAUUGUAGUUUAAGUAGUUACUAGCCUUAUUUGGAAAAGCCUAUUUUGUUGCUUGUGAUUGGUGUGCCUGUGUAGGCUUUCAAGGUAUCAGAGCUACCUCAGUCCAAUGGCUUUUCAUGUUAAUACUUUAAUAAUUACUCCCUUUUGGUCAUCCUCUCAUACAGGAGAGACUGACCAACAAUUUAGUAUUAGUGCCACUUUUAGUUACCAUUAGGGUUAAGUUGUUCUUGUCUUUCAUGAAACUUGUAGGUAAUGAUGUCAGGAACAUCGGAAGAAUUGUUUGUUUUUGCUAUUCAUCUGUUCAUUUUUUUCUAUUUCUCCAAGUGCAGUGAGACCAUCUGAUGUAUUGAUGAUGGUUGUGGACACAUAUUUAAGACCUUUGAGAGAAUACAGCACUCCAUGGAGACUACCAUGCUGACUAUCAGGAGGAUAAUAGCAAGAGACUAAAGAAUAUUCCUUAGCCAGCAAGAGACUAAAGCCAGGGUUCCUUAGCCAGGGUACACAUGAACCAAACCAGUUGGCAUCAGAUAAAUCAAAGAAUAUAUCACAAGAGGCAUCAACCUGUUUAGCUAAGUGGCUUGUUUGUUAAUUUCUCAUAUUUCAAUGUCUACAAUACCAGGGGUGUUGGACCAGGUACAGCAGGAAGUAAUUGCUAUGGAAGAGACUCCUCCUUGUUAGCCAGUAAGGAAUCUAAACAAAUUCUAUUUUCUAAAACCACCUUAUCAGCUUGAAAUAAUCCUUGAAACAAAGAGGCAUACUUUGGGGUAGCAUAAUUUACUACCUAUUAUCUACCUCCUUUGAAAUUUCCCCAAGAAUUUUCAGUCUAGAAGUUGAGUUGGUAGCUUGUUUCAUGUCAUUGAAUCCAUCCCUUCAUCUUGAGAAUAGGUCAACUCAGUUAAACAGUGAUGUCUCAUUUCAAGAGGCAGUGUUGCAGGUAGGAUCCCAAAAUUAGACCUAUACCAUGUAAGCAAUCAGAUAUUUAAUAAGAGAUAUUUCAGUGAAAACAAGGAAACAGUUAAUGAUUGGGGCAGACUAUACAUCAGGUCCUGAGUCCAGAGAGCAGCCAAUUGAGAAGACUUCCAGACCCAGAUGUGGGUUCAAAGCGUCUCUUGUGUAAUUUAAUUGUCUCUGGUGAUGUUAUUGGGUGUUCAAGUGACUGUUCUGAGUGGUCCACACAGCAUCAGACACAAUGGUUUACUGUAAAUGAGCCAUUGUGUUGAUUUCUAUGAAGUUUAUAUCAAGUUAUCCAGUUCAGUUUGGAGGACUUUGGGAAAAGGGCAGUUUUUAUUCAAAUCAGAAGGGUGGAAGAAAGUUGGGAUCAUUAAUUUAGAAAGUUGUAGACAGAUAUUGGAGAAAAAUAGAAUAAUUUAGUAUCCACUCCAUUUUACAAAUGGAUAACAGUGCCUCAAAGACAAUGAACAGGUUUAGAAUCUGAUAUCCAUUAGGGUGUGUUGUAGGUUUUACUGAAAAUAUUUUUCAUCUCUACAAUUACCCCAAUUUCUACCAAAAACAAUCAUAAUAAGACUAAUUUGUUUACAAAACAUGUCUUAUUAAACUGGGUCUAGUUAUUUGCAUAUGUGCAGCAAGAAUAGUAUAUGUUCUAUUAUGUAUUGUACAUAGUAUAUGUACAUAUACUAUGGUAUAUGUAUAUGUACUAUUAUGUAUACUCUCAAAUAUAAUAUUCCAGUUAAAGCUUUGGUGAUAUCUAAAGGGAUUGUCUUUAUACAGUCCAUGUUGUUUUCUUAAAAUUGGAAAUGACUUAGAUUCAAUUUUUAAAAGCUUCCUUACUCUAAGAAGCCAAACUAAGCAGUUGGCCAAAUUUGUCCUGUAAUAAGAACAGAUUUUCACUGAAUUUACGCAAAUGUCUGUAUUGUUAUGUACAGUAAGAAUACUCAAGAAUUUCCGGAUAAUAGAAGGAUGAGAUAGAGAGAAAGAGAGAAAUACAGUUGACCUUUGAACAAUAGGGGUUUGAACUGCAUGGGUCCACUUACACAUGAAUUUUUUAUAAAUGCAAGACAUUCGUAGAAAGAGGCACUACACGUCUCUUCAUCUCCACCCAAAGUUAGCAAAGCUAGAUCCUGGAGUGACACCUACUCCUGGCUUUUCUACCCAGGAAUAUGGGAACCCUCUUUCCCAGCAGAGUCUAGGAGAAGACAGAGUACCUUUGACCAUCUCCCUAGGUCACUUGCUCUACCUGACCCCUCUUAUGUGGUUCUAGUACAGUUUCUGCUUGCAGGAAGUUCUGGCAAGCAGUGAGCCUCCAGUUUCCUGGUGCUGCCUCAGAGAACUGUCAGCACCGUGGACAGCGCCCCUACUCCUGUCUGCUCUAAGACCCAGGCUGCUUCUGCCUGGUGCCAUCCUGCCCUGGUGUUCUCCCAGAUUCCCUACCGAAGAGCUCCUAUUCUGUGGUCCUUGCCAACUCUGACCAGUACUGGACCCACCACUUUGGCAAGAAUCCCUUCACAGAACUGGUUUCUUUGUGCUUCUCAGUUCAAGACCUCAAUGAUAUGAGCUUCACAUAGGUACUGGAGUGAGGAGUGCCGGGAACAGACCAGAACUCUGCUGUUCCAGCCUUCUCUGCAUCUUUGCUCCAACUUCCCUUCACUUCUAGUCAUUUGGUCAGACAAUGCAAACAGCAUUUGGAAGGACAUUUAUAAAUUUGUGGAUGAUCUGGUGAAGAGGUUUCCAAAUUCAAAAAUGAGGAUGUCCUUAAUUACCUACUCCACACAGAGCUACACCAUCAUGAAUCUCACCUCUGACAGAAGUAAAAUACAUAAUAGUCUUGAAAAAAUUCAGAAUAUAGUGCCUACUGGAGCCGCAAACAUGCAUGAAGGAUUUAAAAAGGCAAAUGAGCAGAUUGAAAAAGCAAUCUAUGGAGGCAACAAUGCUCCCAGUCUGAUUAUUGGUCUGACCGCAGGACCACUGACACCAAGGACAUUUGAGGAGACUAAGUCUGAAGCUGAGAAGGCUCGUGAAAGGGGCGCCAAAGUUUAUUCUGUGGGUGUAAAAGACUAUAAGAAUGACCAGCUAAAAGACAUUGUAGAAAGAAAUGACCAAUUUUAUGGGGUAAACAGUGGAUUCGAGUCCCUGGAAGACAUCGUUAACAUGCUGGUGGUAAAUUCCUGUCAUGAAAUUAUGGCUGGGGAGAGUUACUUUGUUUGUGUAGGAGAAGAAUAUGAUAUGAGAUUUUAUGAUACUGACUUACAUCAACACACGAUGGAUGAAAUUGUUUGCAGAUAUAAGUUGGAUGUCGACAAUAUCCUCCAUAAAAAACCUCUACUUAAGGAUGAUGAAUCUUUAGCUUGCCCAGGACAUGUAUUUAAGGAGCCUGGACAGGUGGUCAUCGUUCAAUACAGCCUGAACAAUGGCGUCACCUUCAUUGAGGAGAGCAUGAAAGUAACCAGCCUGAAUUGUGGCAAUACAUCGGAGCCCACAGAUGCCCCAAAGGAGGAGACUUCAGUCCCCACAGUUGGCACACAGAAGACAACAGUGCCCACAGUUGUCACACAGGAGGCACCAGCACCCAUGGCUGUCACAGAAAAGCCUACCCUUGACUACCUAUUCCCAUUGUUCGUCCCAACCCUGAUCAUUAUCGUGGUGGUGAUCUGCUGUCUCUGUUGCUGCAGGAAGCCCUGCAAGGAGCUACCAGUGCAGAAGAUAGUAAUGAAGCCAGAGACAUGUAUACAGACACGUAUCCCGGUGAUUGUCCCUUCUUGUAUGUACCACGAAGACACUAUAAGACGGAUAGAGGGCAAACUGGACACCUUGUGUGACUUUGUGCAAAGCUGCAACCAGAUCCCAUUGAUGUGGUGUCAGCCCAGGAAUGCGGGGAAGUAUAUCAUCUUCAACUUCAUGAAUCCCCUCUGCAGGCAGUUGCCCUAUAGCCCAAACAUUUGCCUUCCACCCAGCCAGGAGUGCUUUCCUCUCAACAGCUGCUGUUCACAAUGCCAACACCCCUCCUUCAUAUGCUCCCAGCCACCCUCCAGGAUGCUGUCACUGCUCCCUCCUCCUGCCCAUGCACUCUCCAGAACUACUUUGUCACUCCCAGCCCCAUAACCCAGCCUCUAAAGUCCCCAAGACCCAAGACUGUUAAGAGCUCUUUGUGUACCGAAUUGGAUAUAUAUAUAUUGAGUCUUGGUUUACGAUCAAAGGAGUUGGAAUUGUGGCUGAUCAACAAGAAUUUGUUGCCUGGUAA